CAAGAUUGUUAUUUGAUUCAAAAAUGAGAAAUUUUGAAUAUUUGCUCAAAUGAUUAAAAAAAUUAGACAGAAAAAUAUCGUCAACAGAAAUCAAUAUCCCACACUUAAACAAGUUUGCAGAAAAAAAUAUAAAUAUCGAGUGAACUUCGCUAACAAAGUAAACUUCAUUCGGUUACCCUCGUGCAGAAAAAAACACAAUUUUCAAAAUUACAUCUCGGGUUUUGCAACAGAUGCGUUUCGGCUGCUUUAACUGCGGUGGUUUUUAUCUACACUCUACAGUAAUAAAAUCGGUGUUAUUAUUUUUAUUGUGUUCAGUUGGUGCAUUGUAUUGUAUAAAAAUACCACGUAAGACAAUUUUCGAUCAAUUGUUUAAGUGAAAAUAUAAUUCGACACCCGAAUUUCCACUAUCGACUCUUGAAUCAACAUUGUAAUGCUAAAUUAAACAACAUUAGAGAUAAAAAUGAACGAUAGAAGUAAUUACCAAUUCACCAAUAAUAAAGGGCGAUGCAAUUCGUUGAUACUCGAUCAAAACUCCAGACGGUCUUCCUUCUACAAAACCAAUUCCUAUCAAAGCUCUCGCGAAUACAUCCACAAUAAGCCCACUAUGGGCAUGACUGCUUUGCUUAAAAAAGCUCACAUCGAUUGCACCGAUUCGUUUAUAAUACACAACAUCAUUAUCAACGAGUACAAAGAUAAAUUGAAUUACAUUUGCAACAAGAUGUAUCGCAGGAGGCUCUGCAGGAGAAGCGAAUCCGAGGAUGAUUACAGCGAGAAUAGCAAUCUCCAAAGGUACUCGCCGAUCUCCCUGUCGUCGAAUCUUGUGGACGAUUCGAGCACUGUUUUCGAGUACCAUCAGGCCGAUCUCACCGAAUAUUCCGUCGAUGAUUUUAGCGAUUCUUGCAAUAAUAACGAUGAUACAUCCAACAGUUUCUUCGAGUACGAUCCCAAUAAGUUCUUGGCUACUGCAAUCGGGGAUUUGGGCAAUUUUGAUCCCGAGUACAUAACCCCAGUUGAAGAUAACAGUCAGCUGUACGAGGAUAGUAUACAGACAUCGAAUGUGUCUUGCUUAAUUUCUAAAGCGAAUUCAACGGAAUCGUCUACAGAAGGCGAAAACAAGUCGGAAGAUGUGCUCGAGCAGUACCAAGAGGAAUUGUUCAAGCAAAACUUGAUACUUUGCCAAACUUUCAAAGCUCUGGACGUCUGUAAAACUUCGAAGAUGCAUUUUUUCGGUAGGGAAAGAUUGGAAGCGGAAAAGAUAUUCUUAGUAGCUAAAUUAGCUAAAGAAGCGCUGGUAAAUAAAAUAAAUGCGCUGUCGAGUGAUUUGCGUUGUAAUACUUCCCAGCGCGGUUGUAAAGGGGAAGUUAGAAUUUCGAAAAUUUUGUUUAAAUUUAAAGAAUUGGAUUCUCGUCACGACGAUUUCAACGAGCAUUUCCUAGUGGUUUUGCUCAGCGGGACGAAAGUCUUGGCCAGUAAACUCCUGAAGGAACAUAAAGGUGCUCUAGAAAUCUACCAGCAUUUCAAUUUCCAGAAUUUGUCCGAAGAUUUCGAAAUUUCCAUAUUCGUGUUUUCCUUGGGUUUGAGGACGGAAGACCGCAAAAAUCGGAAGAGCCACAUCGGAUGUCUUCGUUCCAAGAGCAUUUUCAGAUGCAAAAAACAACCCAAACUACCCAAAAUAUCUAGCGGAACUUCCGAGCAACUAUUCGUAUUAGUAGGAAGUUCGCACUUAACUAAAUCCGAUUUGUCGAACGUGCGUAAUAACAAACUGAAUUUGGAGUUAGAACAAGGCUACUUGUGCCCUUACCUCCAACCAGACUUCCAAUUACACAUAGACACUGGAAUGGAAUUAACUAACAAAUUCACCGGAUUUUUAAGCGUCGGCAUUCGCUGCGGUAACAGAGGAUUAACCUGGAACAAACGUUGGUGCGUUUUAGAUGGAUGUUUCCUGAAGUACUGGAAUUACCCGUGCGAGGAAUCGACGCGGCCUUUGAACGAAAUCGACUUGAGACUGUGUACAACGCGGAAGGUGGUGCUGGCUGAACGAAGUGCUUGUGCAAGGCCGAAAACGCUGGCCUUGCCCGUGAAGCAACCGGACACCGGCGAGUCGAAGAGGUUUUUUCUAUCGGCCGACACGAACGAGGAUCUGCGCAAAUGGGAAGCCGAAUUGAAUUUUGUGAUUGGAUCCCUGUCGGUCUGGCGGGGAGCGAAGGAAAGUUAAUUUUUUUUAACGAUCGUUAAUAUUUUUUUUACAAUGCGACUUUGAUUUUUUUUGUUGUUGAACGUUUCAUAAAAGUUAGUUAUUAUUUAUAAAAGGUUUAUUUAUGUUCUUUUUUUAUUCGGAUUACUAAGUUUUACUUGUUAACAAGUAUUAAUAAAA